AUGUUGAACUUUCAUAAUAUUGCAACGGCAGAAGUUGGAUUUGGUUUGGAUGUGUACAACGAGCUUUCCCUGGCCCAACCAAAUGCUAAUGUAUUUUUCUCUCCCCUCAGUUUGAUGCUGGCGCUGGCUAUGACUCUGCUUGGCUCUAAUGACAAAACAGCCACAGAACUGAAAAAAGUUCUCCACUUGGAUCAACUUCAGGACGAUGCAAUCCACCAGAGUAUGAAACUCUUCCACGAGCAACUCAUGAACACUGGAAAUAAGCACACCUUAAACAUCGCCAACAAAAUAUUCCUCGAACAAUCGGAAAAUUUUUUAGCAACUUUCAACGAAUCAUGUAACUUGUUCUAUGGGAGUAGUGUCCAAUGUGUCGAUUUUAAAAACAAAGCAUCGGAAUGUGAGACAAUAGUGAAUAAUUGGGUCCAGCAGAAAACGAACGAUAAGAUCAAAAAUCUGAUACUUCGAGGAACUUUCAACGCCUUUACAAAGCUUGUUCUAGUGAAUGCCUUGCAUUUCAAAGGCAACUGGGAAAAAGAGUUUUACAAAAGUAUGACUGUUGAAAAAAAUUUCAAAACAUCCCAAGGGCUAACUGUUAGAGUCCCUUUCAUGAACUUUAACAACAGAAAAAUGAAAUAUUACUAUGACGAUGCACUCGAAAGUCAAAUUUUAGAAUUACCCUUCAUGGGCAGUGCUGCAAGUUUCAUUUUAAUUCUGCCGGAUUUGAGUAAAAUCAGUUUGCCUGAAAUGGAAAAAAAACUAACAGCUACUGUGUUAUCAAGAAUUUCAGAAAAUUUAGCCAACUGGUUGGUUACACUAUGGCUGCCAAAAUUUAAACUAGAAACAACUCCAGAUGUUCUUGGAAUGUUGAAAAAAUUAGGACUUUCUGAAUUGUUUUUGCAAGGAAAAGCUGAUUUGUCAAAAAUAAAUGGUGCUAGAGAUCUGUACGUAUCUGACGUUAAACAGAAAGCAUUCAUUGAAAUCGACGAGGUGGGGGUAGAGGCAGCUGCCGCAACAGCUGUGAUCAUAUCACUGUCGAGUGGGUUCAGACCUCCUCCCAUUCGAAGCGUUGAGGUCAAUGCUGACCAUCCGUUUGUAUUUCUGAUAAAGGAAAAUUCCUCAGGAGCUGUUCUGUUCAUGGGCAGAUUGAACAAUCUAUAA